UGGCAGCUCUUCAGUCAGGAAGGCAGUGAGUGAAGCGCUCUGGAUCAUGUGAGGCACUAAGCCAGUGCUUGCUGCUCCUGGUUCAGGUGACAGCGUACCUCUGUGGUAGCUCAGCCUCUGACCCAUCCACACGACACCACAGUCCUCAGUGUGCAGAGUGACUAGAGACCAACAGUGCUCGCCCUCCCCUCCCCUGCUGCCCAGGAACGCUGUGCUCUGUGCUGCGUGGAUGCCCAUUCUGACUGCACUCAGUCUGGCCCGGGGCUGGGCUGUGUGUGGCCUGUCACCCUGCGUGCAGCCUGUCAGGCAGUCUUUCAUCAGGCUUGUCAAGGUUCCUGCCAUGGCUUGUAAAGGAGCUGCCUAAUGAGUGCUUGUCACGGUGAUGCCAUGUAGUGUACUACACCCCUGCCGCUGCAUCAGCUGCCUCACCACUCGUGCUGCAGGAAAGGCCGGCAUGCAAGUGCAGAGCUCCGUCCCGUGAACACCGUCCGCAAGGGAUGCAGACCGACUGCAGCAGCUUGGAAAAUAACAAUCACAUCAAGGUGUUUCUACCCAACAAGCUGAUCGACAGUUUACCCAAAUGUGCAGCCCUUCCCAAGGAGAGACAGCGGUGGAACACCAACGAGGAGAUUGCAUCGUACCUGACCAGCUUCGAGAAACACGAGGAGUGGCUGUCGGGUUCUCCGCGCACCAGGCCGCUGAAUGGCUCGAUCAUCCUGUACAACAGAAAGAAGGUGAAGUAUCGGAAAGACGGGUACUGCUGGAAAAAGAGGAAAGACGGGAAAACAACCCGAGAGGAUCACAUGAAGCUGAAAGUGCAGGGGAUGGAGUGCCUGUAUGGUUGUUACGUGCAUUCUUCUAUCAUUCCAACCUUCCACCGCAGGUGCUACUGGCUUCUACAGAACCCUGACAUCGUGCUGGUUCACUACCUGAAUGUUCCGGCCACCGAGGACUGCGGCAAGAUCUGUGGGCCUAUUCUCAGCCCCAUCAACAGCGACAGGAAGGAGUGGCUCAAGUGGUCCAAGGAAGAGCUCAUCUGUCAGCUCAAGCCCAUGUUCCAUUGCAUUAAGUGGACGUGUAGCAACGGCAAUGGGGGCACAGAAUUCUCGGUCGAACAGCUGGUCCAUCAGGUACUGGAGAGCCACCAGUCCAAGCCACAGCCCCGCACUCACACGUGCCUCUGCAACAGUGGCCUUGGAAGCCCUGGGAAUCUUCCCCACAAAUGUAACAGCACCAAGCACAGAAUAAUCUCACCGAAAGUGGACCUUGGUCUGACUCCCUGCUCUGCCUUAACUGAAGUGCAAAACCUCUCGGUCACCGACAGCAAGGACGUCGCGGGCGAGGGUAAAGUGAGUCUUCAGGACAAGAAGCUGGUGAAGCUGCCCACCUCUGUGCCUCGGGUUAACGGGAGCAGCGAGGUCUCCUCCUCCGGCCCCCUGGACCGCGCGGAUCCUGUUAACCGCUCCCCGGGAACGCACACCAAUGGUUGCUACGGCGACCGGGAACUCGCCUCCAUCGCCUGUGUUACCAGCGUGCCAAAUCUCAGCGUUGCCACAGUAACCUGCAGCAUUCCCCGGAACGCUGUUAUCCUGAUGACGGGCGUUGGGGACAAGCCGGUGUCCUUGGCUGGGUCGGGACUGACCCCCAGUCAGCAGCUGACGGUCAGCAGCCAGGCUGCGGCACUGGGCGGACACGAGCUGGCGCAAGCGCCAAGCGCCCUGGGCUUGGCCCUGGUGCCCAGCUCCGAGAGCAGCCUCGUGCUGUCGGAGACCCACAUGGACACGUCCGAGCCCAGUGUGACCUUCGACCCCGACUCCUUCCUCAACAGCCCGAAGCAGGGUCAAACCUAUGGGGGAGGAGGGGGCACCAAGGAGUCCAGUGGCGUCCCCGCGGCCUUCCCCGCCCUUGGUCUGGCCGACUCCCUGUAUCUGGAUGGAAGACUGAAGAGCGAGGCCGGACUGGAGAGCGAGAGGUCAGAGACCGAGUCCGGACGACCCGACUUUAGGAUCCCGCCCGCCGCUGCCGUCUCCGGCUUCCCACCUGCGCCUGGUCUGGUGCCGGCCGCUCCGUGUCCUGCCCUGGAAUCUCCUGCCCUUGGCUCAGUCACUGCGCUCGACAACAUGGAUUACACCAACACUGCCUCCCCGAAAUCUUACCCUGGCAUCUUCCCCCACCCCUCCCCAGCGGGGAGUGCCCUGCCCCGAGUGCACAACCCAUUCUUCAUCGAGGACGAUAAAGGCAGCGGCAGUGGGUCAGAGACGCACCAUGCCCCCCCGGAGACCCUGAAGACUGAGGCCGUCGGCCAGUUCCCGCAGGAGCCCUGCGACGGGAGGGCGAAGGACGAGCUGGGCCGGGCCGGGGGUCUGCGGACAGCGGUCCCUGAGGGCGAGACCCCCAUGGACACCUCGCAGCUGACCGGCGACGCGGACGGGUCUGGUCUGCAGAAGGGGGCAGCGGUGGAGAGGCCGGUGAAGUUGGAGGCGGAUUACGGGGUGGGCCGGAGGUUGGGGGGAGACGUGGAGCUGCCGUGUGGGAACGUGAACGAGCUGUACUCCAUCAUCCAGAGUGAGCUGCCCCCUUCUCACCAGCCUCCCACCAACAUCGAGCUGGCCAUCGACCACUUCGAUAUCUCCUUCGACAGCCAGUUCCCCGACCUGAUCCCAGACUUCAUGGCGGACAGUGGUGGAGAUGGGGGCCGGGCUUACGGUCAGUUUGCCAACGUCCGUGCGGCCAAAUCACCGGAGCAGGCCGUCGCCCCGCUGAUUGGCUACAGUCCCCAGCAGCAGCAUCAGGCCUCCCAGCAGCCAGCGGGAGCAGACAGCACCGUGCCCUUCCUCGAGCUACCAGCAGCUCCAGCAGACCUGACCAGGAUCACCCCCAGCAGCACCCCGGAGUGUGGCCCCACUGUGACCAUCACCGAUUUCUCCCCGGACUGGUCCUAUCCUGAGGGGGGGGUGAAGGUACUGAUCACGGGUCCAUGGGGCGAUGGCACCGACGGGUUCUCCUGCGUCUUCGACCAGGUCUCCGUGCCGGCUGCACUAAUUCAGUCUGGGGUCCUACGUUGCUACUGCCCAGCCCAUGAGGCAGGCCUGGUGCGGCUGCACGUGGCUCGGGAGACGCCCCCCCUCAUCUCAGACUCGGUGCUGUUUGAGUACAGAGCCCGGAACACCACGGCGCUGCCCAGCUCCCAGCUAGACUGGCUGUCCCUGGACGACAACCAGUUCCGGAUGUCCAUCCUCGAGCGUCUGGAGCAGAUGGAGAAGCGAAUGGCUGAGAUGGCAGCUUCAAGCCAGCAGCAGCCUGUCAGAGCAGGGGACAAGAUGCAGAUCCAGGCCUCGUCAGACUCCUUCGAGGAGCGGAUCAUCGCCCUGUGCCUGACCAUGAUGUCCCAAUCGUGGUUGGCUCCGUUCCGAGCACCUCAUUCACGGCAUCAGUUUCCGGGCAUGACACUGCUACACCUUGCUGCUGCACAGGGCUACUCUCGACUCAUUGAGACCCUCAUCAAAUGGAGGUCCCUCAAUGCCGACAGCCUGGACCUAGAGCAGGAGGUUGAUCCCCUGAAUGUUGAUCAUUUCUCCUGCACUCCUCUGGUGAGUUUAUGUGGGCCUCGUGCGCUGGGACACGUCGACGCAGCCGUGACCCUGUACGGAUGGAACCGCCGAGCGCUUUUCAUCCCCGACUCCCUGGGACGGCUCCCCCUGCACGUGGCGCGCUCCCGUGGUCACGUUAGGUUGGCCACUCGUCUGGAGAGCUACAGGGACAGGGCGGCAUGGGGACCAGCCACUCAUCUCCCACCUCACUGCCCGAGGGCUCGGGACCCCCUGUCCGUGACCUCGGCGUACUCCACCGGAUCGGCAACCAGGGACAGUCCUGCCACCAGCCCCGAGCUCUGCGCCCACGGUGAUCCUGACAUUGCCAUGGAGAUCUGUGAGUCCCAGCAGACGGUGAACGGCAGCACCAGGGUUGACCCGGCCGGCUGUGCGGGGAAGGUGGGCUUGCUGUGGUACCUCCCCACACAGCUCCAGUCUCGGCAAGGAGAGAGCCCCCGCCCCGCUCCCGGGGCCCACUUCUUCCUCGACGACGAGGCUACCUUGGUGACGCAUGGCAACGGGCAGUUCUCCAUGGUGACCGGUCGAGAUUCCAUGGAGACUGAUCUGCGGUUUAAUGAGAAUGCUGAAAAUGAAGAGUUCCUGCCACCUGUCGACGUGUUACAGGUCGACAUGAUAGCCUUGGCCGAGCAGAUCAUUGACGCCACUCCUGAACGAAUUAAACAGGAAGAUUUUACACAGUUCGAGGCUCCCCUGAAAGAGCGACAGGACAACGCGACCAUCAGUCACACCAUGACGUUGGCUGGCCAACUACCUGGAGAACGCGACCAGUUACCAAACUUCUCUCAGCACAGAUCAGCCUGUAGUCAGCCGUUAACCCCGCUGUCUCACGCCUGCCUCAGCCCUGUGAGCUCUCCACUCAGUGACAUCACCUUCGAGAGGGGGGAUGGUCCUGCCAACACCGGCUGGUCAGACUUCCUGAAUGCCUCAGCGAAUGGCAAGAUGGAGAGCGAGUUUGCGCUGCUGACACUGUCGGACCACGAGCAGCGGGAGUUGUACGAGGCCGCGCGCAUCAUCCAGACUGCCUUCCGCAAGUACAAGGGGCGGAGACUGAAGGAGCAGCAGGAGGUCGCGGCCGCAGUCAUCCAGCGCUGCUACAGGAAGUACAAGCAGCUAACGUGGAUAGCACUGAAGUACGCACUGUACAAGAAGAUGACACAAGCUGCCAUUCUGAUCCAGAGCAAGUUUCGCAGCUACUACGAGCAGAAGAGGUUCCAGCAGAGCCGGCGGGCAGCCGUGCUGAUCCAGCAGUAUUACCGCAGCUACAAGGAGUACGAGAAGCUGAAGCAGGCCCAUCGUGGCAGUGGGCCGCUGCAGCAGAAGAUGAAGGCUUCCUUCCUCACCAAGAAACAGGACCAGGCUGCUCGCAAGAUCAUGAGGUUCCUGAGACGCUGCCGACACAGAAUGAAGGAGGUGAGACAGUCCCAGGAGCUUGAGGCUGUCCCGAUCCAUGGGCUGACCACGUAACUGGAGCUGUGGAUCUCAGACCGAUGGAACUGCCACGUGUGUGGGUGCGGCAGGUCUGCCUGGGCCCUGUCCGGAGGGAGACUAUCGCUGCCUUCCUCAAAUCAGCUCAUCUGUUCCAAACCAUCACACAGUGAAUCACCUGGAGUCUCGAGUCCAGAGCGGUGCUGCUCACCACAGCCCGAGGGAGGCCCUCACCGCAGCCCAAGGGACCUCCUCACUGCGGCCCGAGGGAGCCGCUCACCGGCCCGAGGGAUGCCCUCACCACAUCACUGGGGGAUGGUCCCACACACACACACACACACACACACACACACACACACACAGACCCUCACUGGGGGACAGUCGAGGGGUCAGAGAGUUGGCAUCACCUAGGGAGGGGGUGGGGGAAUGGGCAUUAAUUUUACUGUUUGAUUUUGAGCCAAUCAGGUGAAGAUUAGGGGUGUGGGCCCCCCCCAUCCAACUACCUCCAACCUCUCUGCACACACUCAUCCACCUUUCCUACCUCCUUUCAGUCUCCCGCCUCCCCCACCCUCGACCCCUCCCAUCCUCCUCCCCUUCCCCUCCCCCCACACUUGCCACCUGUCCCCCGCCCCCUCUCCGCCCUGCAGUGAGGGGUUGUGGUGGGGGUGGUCUGGUUCUGGGGGAGACGGGAUGUGGGAGUGAGUGCCCACAGACUCCCUGCCCCAGGCACAUCACCGAGCAUCUCCUCACCGCCUGGCAUCGACGGACGGUCUGUCUCCCGAGGGGUGUGGGGGGGGGGGGGGGGGAGCUGGGGGGGACAGUCAGCCCGUCUCCUGGGGGGCGGAACAGCCGGCCUGUCUCCGGGGGUGGGAGGGGCAGCCACCGUCCCGUCUCCAAACAAGCAGCACUUUGUAAAUAGUCUUAAUGUCAUACGGCAUUGAAACAGGCCCUUCUGCCCAUCAUGUCCAUGCUGCCCAUCAGUUGACCCGUGUGGGUGCAGGGCAGGGUCUGGGGGUCGUGCCUCUCGGGGAGGGAGGGGGGGGUUAACUUGCACUUUGACAGACCAGUCGGGCACAGUGCAGCUGUGGUGUUCCCUCUGCAGGAGCUGUCUCUGGGCACCACACUACAGAGGAUGAGGGGCAGGGAUCAUCCCCUGCAACACCCCCCACCCCACCAAAUCAGCCCAACGGCAGCACUGCCUGCACCUCAACACAGGAUCACUGAGCACCCAAAGGUGCCCUUACACCCACUGAGCCACAGGCAGCUGAAGGUGGUUACUGCCUGGUCCCAAAAAUAAGGUGAGGUAACGGAGGGUGGGGAGGAAGAGGUCGGGAGGUUGGGAGACAGAUGGGCAGAGAGGGAGGGAGGGGAGCUGGGGCAGAGAGAGAGAAGUUGGGGGGGAGUGAGAGAGGGAGAUUUGUGGGAGAGUGGAGGUGGACCCAGACCCCCAGCCCCCCCAACCACCGGACCCAGACACCCAGCCUCCCCGGACCCUGGGCUCCCAGACCCCCGGAUCACUGGAUGCCCGGCCUCCGGGCUCGGAACAGGGCCCAGGCUGCUGUGAUUCUGUGUUGGGACAUUGGGAUCGAGGACAUGAGCUGAGAGACAUUCCCCGGGCUAGAAAGUCUGCAGAUGUAAAUACUGUUUGAUUGCACUGACAGGUAUCAGGGAGACACCCACCACUGUCCACCUUGGGCGUUGAGGCCGAGGCAUGGUGGUUACCUCUAUCAUGGUUGCAUUCAUGCACAGACAGAGGGGGACAAUGGGACGGGGAGCUGUGGUCAGUUCCUUGUGGAUCUCCUGCAGACCCAGGAGUUGGGAAUCACCUUUGUUGCUUCUCAGUGUGCACUGAAGAUGUUGGCUGCCCCUGUCCUCCUGUCUGUGACUGUCACGAGUUCUUGGAUUAUUAAUGUACAGGACUGCAACUGGCGAUCCGCUGAGUCACUGACUCUGCCUGUGACACUACUGAUCUACUUGUUUAAAUGUUUCCUAAAUUAAACUUCAG